AUGUCUGGAAAAGAACAAGGAUCGUCAUCCACAACGUCAUCUCAAGUCAACUUAAACAAUCAUUCAGCUCAAAUAACAUCUGCCAAGGGCAAUGAUUCUGCCUCGGAUCCAAAAGAUAAUAAUGAUAAUGAUCCAAAAUCAAAGGAUAAAGUUAAUCCAAAUUUGAAUUCAGGUUCUUAUAUUGAUCAUAGACAAUAUAAUGAUCUUGCCCAUUUACAUUCAUCUCCUGCAAGAGCUAGAAGAAGAAGCAGUCAACAACAAUUAUAUACUCAAGGACAAGGUAACAUUGUUAAACCAAGUAGAAGACAAACGGAUAUUUCAGAUCAUUCUGAUGACUUUGUUAGAACUCCAUUAGCAAGAAAAUCAACUUUACCAUUGACAAAUCGAAAUCUUCAAAAUUUAUUAACUCAAAGUAAUGGCAAUAACUCAACUCAAGAUCCACAACAGCAGCAGCAACAUCAACAACAACAUCAUCAUCAACCAUCUAUUUUAAAUCAAAAUUCUCGUGUUAAUAACAAUAAUGGUCCUAUUAUUGGUAGUAGUUCAAAUGGAAAGUUUGGUUCCGUGGCUUUGGAUAUGGAAGAAUAUACCAAAGAACAAAGAAGAUUGGCUCUGUCUCAAUCUUGGAAUACUGACCAUUAUGAUGAUACCUUUCAUAGAGAUGAUAGUGAUAAAUAUUCCUUAAAUUCAAUGGAAUUUGGUGGUUCCAAUCCUUCAUCAGAUCAUUCUAGUGAUUCAACAUCUUUGGAUGAUGUAUGUUUCCCCGAUUACUAUGAUCAUAUUGCAUCCAUUAAUAAUAAAGAAAACACUUAUCAAUGGCCCGAUAUUAAAGUUUUGGAAGAAUUUGUAAGAGAAGAAAUUGAUAAUGAAACUCAAGAAUUACAAAGAAUGACAACUCCUCCAUCACCUCCAUUAGUUAAUUUCCAUCAUCCUAUAAGAAAUCCUGUCUCUGAAUCAAUCCUGCCAUUAGAGAGAAACUCUCCAAAACCAACAGAAGGAACUCCUUUAUUAGACAAUUAUCAUAUUGAUGAAAUAGCAUCAUUAAGUCUGGUUCAAGAAUCAUUUAGAGUAAGACCAACCCCAAUUCAACCUUGGGAAAAAUCAAAAGAACAAAUACCAACUAUUUUAAAUCGUCCUUACCAAAGUCCUCAUAAAAAGUAUAAUCUGAAAACUGGUAAAAUGGAUGGAAAAUUAUGUAGAUAUACUUAUUUCAGAGAAAACUUGGAUAAAACCAUUCAUUCACCAUCCAUAAGUGGGUUAUUAGUGGAUGAAGCUGAUAGUUAUGAAGAAAGAAUUGAAAAUCAAAAGAAAUUAUGGGAAAAUAAUAAUAAUGAUAAUAUCUUAAAUAUGGAUGAUAUUGAAGAUAAUUUAGAAGAUGAAGAACUUGAAGAAGAUGAAGAAGAAAAAUCCAUCUUUGACAAAUUACAAAUGUUAUUUCAACCAUCUCAUUAUUCUCUGCCAUUAUCCAGUUUCCCUUCAAGUACAAGUGUUGGAAAUAUAGUAUCUCCUUCAGUUACAAACACCAAUAAUGUUGCUCCUUCAAUUAUGACUACAGGUAUUGCCCUUUCUACUUCAAAUGGAAACAACACUCCUCAUGUCCCAUCCAGUUUACAUGUUUCGAAUAUAGUUGAACCUAUAAACGUAUCAUCCAGUAAUCUUCCUGGUAGUAUCAACUUGAGAGUAGGUCAAUCGUCGAAAGGAACCGAUACGCCCGUGGUUGGGACCAUUGGCUCGGUUUCAGAAGAACUUUCAAAUGUGUCACCAUUUUGGCUUGAUGUGUUAGAUCCAACUGAAGAAGAAAUGAAAGUUUUAUCAAAGACAUUUGGUAUUCAUCCUUUAACUACUGAAGAUAUUUUCUUAGGUGAAACUCGUGAAAAGGUUGAAUUAUUCAAAACAUAUUAUUUCAUUUGUUUCACUUCAUUUGAUGUUGUUUAUGAAAGACGGAAAGCAAGAAAGAAGGAACAUGAAAAGAAAUUCAGUAAACUUCAAGAAAUGUAUGAUAAUGCCAGUGAUGAUAAUAGUAUAUUUGGAUCUCAAGAACGUAAAUCUGCUAUUUGGUCUUUUUUCCUGAAUUUAGUAGGUAAAAAAUCAUCCAAACCCAGAUCAAGGGAACCAUCAUUAAUGCAUCCUCCUACUAAGGACUCAUCUUAUAAAUCAAGAGGUAAAAAGAUAAGAGAAGGCGAAUUACUGCCAUUAAAUAUGUAUAUGAUUGUCUUUAAAGAUGCUGUCAUUACAUUUCAUUUUUCUGCCACUCCUCAUCCUAUUAAUGUCAGAAGAAGAGCUCGUUUAUUAAGAGAAUAUCUUAAUGUUACAUCUGAUUGGAUCUCUUAUGCAUUGAUUGAUGAUAUCACUGAUUCAUUUGCUCCUAUGAUUGAGAGUAUAGAAGAAGAAGUGAAUGCGAUUGAAGAUGCAAUCUUAAAAAUGCAUUCAGGUGAAGAUUCUGAUACUGAUGAUUCUGACUCUGAUGAUUCAGAUGUUGAAGAAAAGCUACAUAAACCGCCCUUGCAUCAACUGAUGAGAAGAACUAAAAGAGCUGCAGAAGUACAAGAUACUUCUAAUAAUGUAUUCAUUUGGAGAAAAAGAUCUAAGUCAACAGUCGAUCAUAAUGUUGGAGCUGGAUUCAAAAAGCUUGCAUCAGAAUCUAGUAGUAGCUCCAAGAAGAGUUCUGCUAGUACUUCAUCUAAAAUUUUAGGUUGGAAGCGUAAAGGUGAUAUGUUACGUAGAAUUGGUGAAUGUCGUAAGAGGGUGAUGUCAGUAUUGAGACUUUUAGGUUCAAAAGCUGAUGUUAUUAAAGGCUUUAGUAAACGAUUUUCUGAAGCAAUGGCAGAAAGUAAUAAAACUCCGAAAGCUGAAAUUGGAAUGUAUUUAGGAGAUAUUCAAGAUCAUAUAGUUACGAUGGUUCAAUCUUUGAAUCAUUAUGAAAAGUUACUUGCUAGAUUCCAUUCCAAUUAUUUAGCUCAAAUCAAUAUUGAUAUGACAAAAGUUAAUAAUGAUACCAAUGAUGUUUUAGGUAAGAUUACUAUUUUAGGUACGAUUGUCUUACCUAUUAAUGUUGUAACUGGUUUGUGGGGUAUGAACUGUGUGGUUCCAGGUCAAGAGUAUGACGGAUUGGAAUGGUUUUGGGGAAUUGUAGGAGCAAUGUUAUUAUUCAGUUUCCUUGCUUUCAACUAUGCCCGUAAGGUAACCGGUUUAUAG